UAAAUAUUUAAUAUGAGCAUACUGUUGCGGCGCAAUUCGAGCCAGCUGCACUUGCUGCAGCGUCUGGGCGUAGCGUCGUCGGCAGCAAUCACGCGGCUCGCAUCGAGCACUAAUGAUAACAACAAUGUAACUGACACUGCAACAACAACAACGACGCCGACGCCGACGACGACGACGACGACAUCUGGCAAUAAGCGCAAAACGCUUGCUGCUGUGGCUGACGCUGAUAUCAAGAAAUCGGUUUUCAUUUCGCAAUCGAGCGACAUCUUCACUAAUUUGGCUCUGGAGGAUUGGCUGUAUAAGAACUUUGAUUUCGGGCAUCAUCAUGUGCUGCUCCUGUGGGUCAACGAGCCGUGCGUUGUCAUUGGCCGCCAUCAGAAUCCGUUUACCGAGGCGAACGUGUCCAAGCUCAUGGAGCGCGGCAUCACGCUGGCCCGUCGCAACAGCGGCGGCGGCGCCGUCUAUCACGAUCGGGGCAAUCUCAACUGCACCUUCUUUACGCCCCGCGAGCGCUACGAUCGCAAGUACAAUCUGAACAUUGUGACGCGCUCCCUGUUCCGCGAGUGGGCCAUUAAGACGGAGAUCAAUGAUCGCGAUGAUAUUGUUAUCGCCAACAAAAAGAUAUCAGGCACGGCCGCCAAGUUGGGUCGUCCCAAUGCGUAUCACCACUGCACCAUUUUGGCCAGCGCCAACAAGCUGCAUCUGGGCGAGUCGCUCGUCAAGGAGCCAGCCAAUUAUAUAAGCCGUGCCACCGCCUCGGUGCCCUCGCCCAUACGCAAUCUGGUCGAUGUUAAUCGCAAUGUUAACGUGCCGCAACUGCUCUCCGCCGUGGGCUAUGAGUAUCUGCGCACCGCAGCGACAGAACUGGAGGAUGGUGGCAGCACCCAGACAAUGAAGCAACGCGGCUUUCAGUUGAUCAAUCCCACGGAGAAAUGGUUCCCCGGCAUUGAGGAGCUGCGCGCCAACUAUAGCUCCUGGGAUUGGGUCAUUGGCAAGACGCCCAAGUUUACGGUGGAAAAAGAGCUCGAGGUGAAGGGCGAUGAGCGUGGCAUGAAGCUCAAACUAAACGUUGAAGUGGAAGCUGGUCUGAUGUCCAAAAUAUGCUUGCAGCUGCCCCAGAGCGAGCAGCUGGUGCCGGUGGUCACUCCGCUGCAGGGCCAAGCCUACAAUGAACAAAAUCUGAACGGCAUUAUGGACGCCCUCAAGCUGGUGUCCACCUCCAAUAUGCAGCAGGCGAUGAACGGCUCAAUUUGAGUUUUGUUUUGCUAGCAGGAUCAACAGCGAUAGUAGUUGCCUCUGUUUUAGCCAUUUCAUAUAUAUAUUACAAUUUGAUUUCAUAUUAUGAUCUAUACAACUGGUCUAAAUACCUGAACUAACCUAGCAUGUAAGAACAUUAAUAUUUUCCAUAUAUAUUUUAUAUACGAUUUGCAAUAAAAACGCGUUACAUGAAAUGUA